AUGCCUGGCGACGACGACUUGAUCGAGGCGGCCAAGUCCACCGCUGUCGACUACUACGAUUUGCUCGGCAUCACCUUCGAAAGCUCGAGCGAAUCCGACAUUCGUCGCGCCUAUCGUCGUACAGCUCUCAAGUACCACCCCGACAAAAAUGCCGAUAAACCAGAUAUUGUCGAGAAGUUCCACUUACUUCAGAUCGCAAACGACGUUCUAUCAAGCCCUGAAUACAAGUCCAUUUAUGACAAUGCGCGACGCGUCAAACAAGAGAAGGAGGAGCGUCAUCAAGCAUUCGAAGGCAGACGUCGUCAGAUGAAAGAGGACCUGGAGAACCGCGAAAACGCUAGUCUGAAAAGAAAGCACCAAGAAGAGGAAGAAGGCGACAAGCUACAGCGUGAGAUCCAGCGUCUAGCUGCUGAUGGCAAGAGACGACGACUCGAGAGACAGGAUCAACUGAAUCGCGAACGACUCGAAGAGGAGGAACGUCUAGAUCGGGAGAAGAACGGUUACAUUCCAUCCCAAGACCAAUCUGCGUCGCAAGGCGGCAAUGGAGUUGCUGAUAUCGAUCGUUCCAUCAAGGCAGUGUGGUCAAGAGAAGGUGAAGGAGCAGUGCUCGACAAAGAGCGAAUCAGGACCAUGUUUGCGAGCUUCGGCAAGCUUCAAGACGUGGUAAUACUCAAGGACAAGAAGAAGCGCUUAGGCGAUAGCAAGACCAAGAGUCUUGUUGCGACUGCUCUCAUAGUCUAUGAGUCUGUUGUAGGAGCACAUGCCGCUGUCUCAGACUACAAGAAACGAUCAGACUCGGACAAAGAUUUCCAGACACUCGAUUCCGUAUACUGGGCGUCGAACAAGGAACCAGAAUUCUUGCAACGCCCAUCGACACCCGUGCCAGCCACACCAAAUUCAGAAUCGAAAUCACGACCUCUCCACGAGAUUCCCGGCAUGGACUCACCGACAACACCGCUAAAACAGGCAGGAGGCGGCUUGCGCAAGGUUCCUUCCUUUGCUUCAUUCAGUAGCGCCAAGAACUCGCCGGUCGCUCCUUCCGCUGUAUCGAGCCCCAGCCUGGAGGAGCUUACCAUGAUACGACUGAAGAACGCCGAGAAGAAGCGACUUGAGGAUCAGAUCCGCAAACAAGAAGCAGAGGACGAAGAUUGA